CGUCAGUCGAUUCUCCUUUUACAUUCAUGUGCCGCACCCAACGGUUCUUUCACAGCGUGUAAUAUAUUCAUUCCUUGUAUUACGGUGAUUUGGAGGCUUAGAAUCUCCUUGGAACGGGUUAUAUUCGAUGUCGAUCCCGACCUUCAUUACCCGGCAUCGAUAAAUAGGCCUGUCGUAUUUCACAGCGCCGGUGCCUCCCUCUACUCAACCCCUCCCAUCGACCAUGAUUCGCUUUGAUUCGGUGCCGCUCGCUGUCCAGCAGGCGAUGUGCACGCCGAUGCACCAGAUACUCCCCCCCUCACCGAUACCAUCGAAUCCGACAAAAUCAUCCGGUGCUCUGUUCCUUGGCUCUCUAGCCGCCAUAUACGAAAAAGAUGCUUUAAUAGAAAAAGAAAUCACGCAUCUCGUCCAGGUCCUGGACGCACCUUGGUUGCCUCUCUCAGAAAAAGACGGUUUUCAUUGCUACCGUAUCCCUAUCCUAGACACCACGUCAGCGGAUCUGAAGAGCCACCUGGAGGCAGUGUGUAGCCACAUAGAUCAGUGCCUGCGUUCUGGAAAAAGUGUAUUGGUGCAUUGUCAGCAGGGUAUAUCUCGGAGCGCUUCAAUUGUGAUAGCCUAUCUUAUCCGGAAUCGCGGAAUGUCGUACGACAACGCGUUUGCCCUCGUGAGACGCGAAAGAGCCUGUGUGAAACCGAAUUCAGGCUUCGUGCAGGCUCUUAGGGAGUGGGAAACAGCAUGGCGCAGGCCAGUCAUCGGCCGACGGUUUACGUCCUGAUCGUCGUGCUCCGCGAUGCUCGUCGUAAAAUAUUUUUUCCAGAGGGGGGAGAUUGUUCGGACUCUUUGCUGUAUUUCUAACUGUCGGACUGCUUGUAUAUUUCUUUUUCUUCUUUGUGUAUCAGGGGGACCUUUAAUUUGGGCUUAUAUAUCGACGUCGAUUUAUCCUCACUACGACUGCAAGCCCGUCUGAAUUUUUGGCGAUUGUCCGCUUAAAUUAUCCAGUCAUCUAAAUCUACCGUAUUAGAUCC